GCGUCGGGCAGCCAGUGCGUGCGGGCGAGGAAAAGCGGCUUUCCCGCUUCUGUAACCGCUCGUCGCGCGGCCUCCCCGUUCUAAUCCCGCCCCCCGCGCGCAGUGUGUCCCUCGCUGCCUGCCGUAGGCGGGCCGCAAACGGCUGGCAAGAUGGCGGCAGCUGGUGUGGUACGCAGGUUGUCGGAGAUUUUAAGACCUCUGAAUUUUCUGGUCCCUUUCACCUACAACAGCUCCUGCAACAUCCGUUAUAUUUCUGGACUCUCCAUACAGCAUUUCCAUCGGGUGCAGGCAACAUUAGCUUCUUCUGUUACAAAGCCUCUGCUAUCUGUUCCUGACCUGCCAUGUAGGUGUCCGCUUUCAAUCUUUAACAGAGUAACACCCUUACUGCCACAUAUCCUCCUGCAGCCUGUGAGGACUCUCACAUAUUAUAGCCUUCGAAAAGGAAAGAGGAAAUCUGUAAGAUCUGUGGUCAAGAGAUUUCUCCGACUGCACUGUGGCCUUUGGUUAAGGAGGAAAGCUGGUUACAAGAAAAAAUUAUGGAAAAAGUCUGUUGCCCAGAAAAGGCGCUUGAGGGAACAAGUGUUUUGCAAUAAAACACAAAGUAAACUCCUUGAUAAAAUGACCACUUCUUUCUGGAAGAGAAGAAAUUGGUAUGUUGAUGAUCCCUUCCAGAAGUAUCACGAUCGCACAAACCUUCGACUGUAGAAAUCCUCUCUUCUGUGUCUGAAUUCACACUUUUUUGUUUUUCCUUCCAAAUAUAUGUAAUUCUAUAUGGGCUGGGAUCUUUUUAUGCAUUUCCAAAGACAAAUAUAUACAGUUUAUCACUCCUCCAUAUAUACAUGUAACAUGCGCAUAUACAGUCUGAUUUGAAUUAUUGGUACAAACACUCAAAAUAAACUAAUUCCUGACUGUAACUGAAAUAUGGAGUCAUAGUUGGCUAUUGUAUUUCAUAGGAAGUGAAGGAAGGGUAAGGGGAAAAGGUGAGAAUUUUGUUUCAGCUAAAUAUUCUCAAUUCAUUAUUUUGUAAGAAUCUCUUUGUGUAUGUAGGAGAACAUCUGAGCUAAAUUUUAAUAAUUAAUAUUAAUACAAAUAAUAUAGAACGAGUAUUAUCAAAGCACCUAGGAGCCCCAGUCAUAGACCAGGAUUCCAUUGUGUGAGGUGUUAUAUAAACACAGAACACAAAGACCAUUGCUGUGUCAGGCUACGUCUACACUACACGUUUUUGAAGCAGAAAAUAUGCUAAUGAAG